CGAUGGGUAAUCCCGAACACAGCAAUUGUACUAUGUUAGAAAGAGAUGGCAUGAUUUUGCACAUCGCCAUCUUGGAAGUGACGACGUGGCUAGUGCCAUGCGGACACAGGAGCGCCACGGUUGUGCACAACGUUCAAGAUGCCUCGAAACUACCAACGUAAAACGGUAACAAAAUAUAACGUGGAAUGGAUUAAUGAGAGUCUAUUUGUUGAAUGGCUUCACCACUUCAUUUCAUACGCCAAACCUACUAAGGAUGAUCCUAUACUCCUAGUUUUGGACAACCACGAUAGCCAUAUCAGCCUUGAUGUCUACACGUUAUGUCGUGACAAAGGUAUCGUUCUAUUGACUCUGCCUCCACAUACGUCCCACAGACUACAGCCUUUAGACUUAACAUUCUACGGACCUAUCAAGACAGCAUAUAACCGAGAGUGCCAAUAUUACAUGGCUGAACAUCCUGGAAGGGCCAUAACACAAUAUGACGUUGUGGAAUUAUUCACCAGAGCUUUCAAUCGAUGCAGCAAUCUCGAAAAAGCAGCAAGUGGUUUUAGAGCUGCCGGAAUCUAUCCCUUGCAUCCAAUCGAAUUCGAAGACACACAAACUCCACCUGCACAAAAUUUUGUAGUACACGUUCCUGACCCACAAGCUUCCGAAGCACCAGCUCUUGUACCUGCUCUUGAACCACCAGCCUUUGUACCAGCUCAAGUACACGUUCCUGACCCACAAGCUUCCGAAGCACAAGCUAUUGUACCUGCUCUUGCACCACCAGCCUUUGUACCAGCUCAAGUACACGUUCCAGACCCACAAGCUUCCGAAGCACAAGCUCUUGUACCUGCUCUUGCACCACCAGCCUUUGUACCAGCUCAAGUACACGUUCCUGACCCACAAGCUUCCGAAGCAACAGCUCUUGUACCUGCUCUUGAACCACCAGCCUUUGUACCAGCUCAAGUACACGUUCCUGACCCACAAGCUUCCGAAGCACCAGCUCUUGUACCUGCUCUUGAACCACCAGCCUUUGUACCAGCUCAAGUACACGUUCCUGACCCACAAGCUUCCGAAGCACAAGCUAUUGUACCUGCUCUUGCACCACCAGCCUUUGUACCAGCUCAAGUACACGUUCCAGACCCACAAGCUUCCGAAGCACAAGCUCUUGUACCUGCUCUUGCACCACCAGCCUUUGUACCAGCUCAAGUACACGUUCCUGACCCACAAGCUUCCGAAGCACAAGUUCUUGUACCUGCUCUUGAACCACCAGUGUUUGUACCAGCUAAUGACAUACAAGCUCCUGCACCUGUUCUGGAUAUACUUGAUCAUAGAGCAGAAACUCCUGAAAAACAUGUAGCUAUUGCACUAUCUGACAUUGUAAACUUACCUAUUAUUACCCCUAAGACUACAAAGCGCAACAUCAAAAAGAAACAUUCCGUUAUUUUAACUAGCACACCUGUCAAAGAUGAACUUCAAUUAAAGCUAGUCUGGGUCAAUGGCGAACGAUCGCAAUUGCCCCACCAGGUGUUCGUGAUUGCCCGACCAGAGUCGGGUAAACACGAACACUAA